AUGUCUGUCACAGACUACAUCGCCACAACAGGGUCAUCGUUUACUAAAUCUGUUCCUCCGGGUACUAAGGUUUACAAAGAUGAUUGCAUGUAUUCUUUCGACACCCCAGAGAAUAAUGAGUUGGGCCUAGAUGUGUGCAUGUCUUGCUUCCAGGCGUUUGCAAGAGCUCCCCAGAAGAACUAUACGCUGGAACACUACGCCGAGCAGCGUCAUCCGUUGUAUGUGAAUAUUGUGAAAAAGUUGAAACCCGAGAGCGAGCGGGCCAAAAAAGAAGAGGAGGACGAGAACGGCUCUAAGACUAAGCAGCCCAAGCUCGAGGUCCAGGAACAGAAGGAGACAGACAUCUACGACAUAUUCACAAAUGUGUACGUCGCACCAUUAGAUCAGUCUGCAAGCAUCGAGGAGUCGCCUGAGCCGGUUAGGCUGCUCGCCAACCUGAUUCUCACUGCCAACUCAGCGGAGAAGAACGACGAGAUCAAGGCUUGGGAAAACGAGGUAUACCCAUGUGAGCACUCCAGCAACAUAGUCGCCGAGAAGAAUACAAUCGACCUCAAGAAGUGCUCCAUGUGCGACCUCGAAGAGAACUUGUGGCUCUGCUUUACAUGUGGUGCUGUGGGUUGCGGGCGUGAACAGUUUGGAUCUGACCUCAAGGGCAACUCGCAUGCCUUGAAGCAUUAUGAGGAUACUGGGCACUCUGUCGCUGUUAAGCUCGGUUCGCUCUCGGCUGAAGAUGAGGAUAAUUGCGAUUGUUACUGCUACAAAUGUAACGAUGAAGUGAAAGUACCACAGCUAGGUGAGAAGCUUCUCAACUUUGGCAUCGACUUGGGUACCGCUGUGAAAACAGAAAAGAACUUAGUGGAGUUGAACCUCGACAGAAACAUGAACUGGCAAUUCAAUUUGGAUGGCCAAGAUGGUGAACUCCUCACUCCAGUGUACGGCCCAGGCUUGACCGGUUUACAAAACUUGGGUAACUCCUGUUACCUCAAUUCCACUCUCCAGGCACUUUUUAGCUUUCCUAGCUACCGUUCUUUCUUUGCGGACAUGGACUUUGACAAGCUGCUUGGCUUGAAGCCCUCAGCUUUCAAAAGCCAUAUCGGUGCAGACCACUACGAGUUCAAGACUAACAAGCAACAAGAUGCGAACGAAUUUCUACUCUACCUCCUCGACAAGCUCGACAAAGAAUUUGGGUUAAGUUUAAAUCAACAAUUCAAGUUCUUGUUGGGGAGCAAAUUGUUGUGCACUGAGUGUAAGACAGGCACUUCAUCGGAAGAGCUUGUCGAUAACAUCUCAGUCGCCUUGAAUGCCGAAGUAGUGGGAGAGGAUGAAAAUGGUGAGAAGCAGUACAAAGAGGUGAACAUGAGUGAUUGUUUCUCCAACUCUCUCGGCUCUGAGCAAAUUGAUGGCUACCAGUGUGACAAUUGUGGAAAGAAUACUACAGCAAUCAAGCAGACAGGCUUUGCUACCUAUCCAGAUAAUCUCAUUGUCAAUGCCCAGAGAAUUCAACUUGAAAACUGGGUUCCUGUUAAAGUUGACGUUCCGAUCACGUUGCCUGAGCAGAUUGAUCUUUCGGCAUUCGCUGCACCAAAGUUUCAGGGUGAUGAGAAAAGAGUUGAGAAGAGUAGCGCACUGGAGGGUGGAGCCGAGUUCACCCCGAACGAAGAAGCUUUUGCUCAGCUUUUGAGCAUGGGAUUCCCUGAUGUGAGAUGCAUCAAGGGUCUCUACAACACCGGCAACAAGAAUGCCGAGGACGCCAUGAACUGGAUCUUCGCUCACAUGGAGGACGCUGAUAUAGAUGCCCCAUUUAAUCCCGCAGAGACAGCACAGACAAAUACUGCGGGGUCCGGCGAACCUGAUCUGGACGCUAUUGAUAAUCUUGUGGCCAUGGGAUUCACUGCCCAGCUUGCCAAGAAGGCCCUUGUCGUGAAUGGAAAUGACGUAAAUGUUGCAGUGGAAUGGCUCUUCAACAAUCCGGACGAUAACGGAAUUAUUGAGGACACCAAGCCCGUUGUUAAUGUGCAAAAAGAGGCAGAGGAAUUGAAGGAUGCAUUACUCAAGAACGAAGACGAGCCUCAUGCGGCAUCCUAUGAAUUGAAGGCUGUCAUAUGCCACAAGGGUAAUUCGCCUCACACAGGGCACUACGUCGUAUUUGUCAAGCAUGACGGAGAUUGGAUUUUGUUCAACGACGAGAAGGUGGUAAAAUGUCAGAGCACUAAUUUGGCUGACGUGGUUAAUUGUGGUUAUGUGUAUUUCUUCGCUAAGGCAUGA